AAAAGAUUUUAUUUUAUUUUUAUAAAUAUAAAUAAGUGUUAAUUUUUAUAAAUAUGCACUAUACACUAGCAUUCUCAGCUUAGACAUGCAAAAAAUGCCCUUGGGAUUAGGUAUUGGGAUAUUGUGGGAGACGAUAAAUUUGUAUAUGUAGCAGAAGGAGCGUACUUAUUUCAAAGUUUGACUGCUAAUUUUAGACCAUUUUAGUAUCAAAUCUUCGUGAUGCAGGUGUGAAAUAGGCAUGAGAUCAGGAUCUUCUUAAAUUAUAUAUUAAGAUUAGGCUGUAUGAACACAGUAACGGUUGCCUUUAUAAUAAAGAAUUUUAACAUUAAAUCCUACGCCAUCAGUAAUGAAAAAUUAAAAAAACAUUGUUGUCUGUGGUUUUGCUUGACAUGACAUUGACAUUUGCUGGUGACUUUCGUUGCGUGAUGUAGUAAAGGAAGGUUUCGCGAUUUUUUGUGGGUAUAAUUUAGCGAACAAUAGUAAUUUAUCGCGUUAGUGUAUUAUAAUUUUAAGUAUUAAAUGUCGUGACAGUGGAUAUCAUGCAGUUUUACAAGGAAAGAAUUCUCAAUGCUGCCCAGUUAAAAAGACUUAGUGAACACAAAUACUCGUGCACCAGUUCCAGUUUAUUAGACCCAUGGCUCCAGCCGUGGUGGUGUUGGCUGGUGUCGAAAACUCCGCUUUGGCUUGCACCGAAUCUCAUCACUAUUUUAGGUUUAAUAGUCAACAUAGUUACCACAUUAAUUUUAAUUUGGUAUAGCCCAGAUGCACGCCAAGUCCCUCCAAGUUGGGCGUGCGCGCUAUGCGCGGUGGGUGUGUUCGUGUAUCAGAGCCUGGACGCCAUCGACGGCAAGCAGGCGCGCCGCACCGGCAGCCAGUCGCCGUUGGGGGAGCUGUUCGACCACGGCUGUGACAGCAUAUCCACCGUGUUCAUCGCACUGGGCGCCUGCACGGCGGUCAAGCUGGGAGAUUACCCCACUUGGAUGUUCUUCCAGUGUUUCUGUGCGAUGACGCUGUUCUACUGUGCGCAUUGGCAGGCGUACGUGACUGGCACCCUCAAGUUGGGUCGCGUGGAUGUCACAGAAGCGCAGUACUCCAUCAUGGGCAUCUACCUGAUCUCCGCCAUUCUUGGCGCAGAUUUUUGGACUAUGCAGAUACCAGUGGCCGGGCUGCCCCUGAACCUGGUGGUCAGUACCUUGUGCAACACCGCCCAGUGUUGCUUUAUCGGCAACUUCUUCUCCACCUUCCGCCUUAGAGGCUGUGGCAAAAACGGAUCCACAGUCGCCGGCACCAGUAUACUGUCGCCGGUGAUCCCCUUCUCAUUCGUGGUGGUACCGGCGUUCAUAAUCUUCCAGAAGAGCGAGUCCCAUGUGUAUGAGAACCAUCCGGCGUUGUACAUACUAGCGUUCGGAAUGGUCGCCGCCAAAGUCACCAAUAGACUUGUGGUGGCGCAAAUGACAAAGAGUGAGAUGGACUACUACGACUGGUCGUUACUGGGGCCGGCCAUGUUGUUCCUCAACCAAUACUUCAACAACGCCAUACCGGAAUACUACGUACUAUGGCUGUGUACGAUAUGGGUAUGCUUGGACCUGGUGCGGUACUCGGGGCAGGUGUGCCUGGAGAUCUGCGCGCACCUCAACAUCCACCUGUUCCGCAUCACCCCCCCCUCCGCGCCGCUGCCUGCGACCACGACCAGCGCUGCGACCACGACCGCGCCCGCCAACGAUGGAGACACAGAUAAGUGUUAUCUCUUCAUAGGAGACCACCAGUAAGUAGCAACACAUGGUUACGGUUGAGUGCUAAGUGUUGCUUGGUGUCCAAAAGUAUAAAGCUCAGAUGUAUGUUUCAAAGGUUCUAUGUAAUAUUAUAUUAUACAUGUCUGGGUCCAACACAAAAACUCACAGAAAACGCAUACAUCCUUCUUGAAUCUAUGCAACUGGUCACAUAAUAUGAAAUGAUGACUUAUCUGUAGGACCAAUGCAGAUUCAUAUAGAUAAAAAAAAAACAAACUCUGAGCAGAAUAGUAAAAUUGUUUAUUACUUUUAAAUUUCUUCGGUUGUGUAAGAUUUUAUUAUUGUUUCAAUGUGUAGAAAAUGAAAUAUCGAUAAUGAAAUUAUCGUAUGUAGCACGACACUAUUUUUGAGGGAAAAUUUAUUUAUUGAAUGAAUGUCAGCUAGUGCAAUGUUGACGUAGCGGCUUAUAAAUUCUAGCGGAGCUAGCUAAUUCUUGAUAUUCUUGUUUCUUAUAAGACAUUGUAGCAGUGUAAAUAUUUACCACCGUGAAUAAAAAAGGUGAAAGCUUUGAAUAAAACAAGUUUCAAUGGUAAAGAUGCACCGAUUUAUUUACGUUUCGCAUCCUUUUCAGGGUGCGUCGACUGAAUUAUGAUUUUAUUACAAAGACAAAAUAAAUAAAAUUAAUAAUAUAACUAGCGGCCCGCCCUCGCUUCGCUUCGGUGUAGAGCUGAAGUGUAGACUACAGUUUUUGUUCUCAGGCUUGUAUUAUACACAAUGACAUUCAUCUAUGAUUCUUCUUAUACCUGCAUGCAAAGUCUCAGCCGGAUCGGUUUAAAAUUGACAAAGUUUCAUACAAACUUUCAUUCCCUAUUUUAUCCCCUUGGGGGAAGAAUUGAUCAAAAUCCUUUCUUAGCGGAUGCCUACGUCAUAACAUCUACCUGCAUGCCAAAUUUCAGCCCGAUCCGUCCAGUGGUUUGGGCUGUGCGUUGAUAGAUCACUAUGUCAGUCAGUCACCUUUGAGUUUUAUAUAUAUAGAUCAAAGGAUGCGUCGUCUAAAUUAUGAUUUUAGUACAAAGACAAAGUAAAUAAAUAAAUAAAUCAAUGCAUGUAUACCGUUGAAACUUGUUUUAUUUAAUGAGUGAUGUGCGUGUAAAACUAAGAAACAAAUUAUCUUUAUUUUCAAAUUAUAGUGUAUUCUUUUUCAUAUUAUAAUUAUAUAGGUAUGUAUAUUUUAUAAUUAUUUAAAAAAUAAAGAAAAUAACCUGUCGGAACAACAUAAACUCACAAUAGCUGAAACAAAUAAAAAUUAACGUCAAAAACAUUCUAACCUUGAAUAUUAUUGAAAUAAUUUUAUUAAUAUCAAUUUAACACUGAUUUCGACUUUGUUGCAUGCUCUUUAAAUAUUGAAAAAACAAAUAUCUAUCCUUUUAUACUAGAGAAAAUAAUAAAUUAAUGUUUGUUAUUUUAAUUAGGUACUGUUAUUUAAUUAACACAAAAAAAAAACUCAAUUGAAAUCCAUCCAAUAUUUAUAUAAUCCAAUCCAAUAAAUAAAUCUAUUUGCCAACUUCUUCUGAAAUGUGAAGGAAAGUUAAUUUUUUGUAAACUAUAAAUUUGAAUCAGUUGUAAAUUACUGACUUAGUUUAAAUUAUAGCCGAUUGUGCAGUCGAGGGAGCAAGUCCUCUAGCUCUACCACUUAUUGAACUGAAACCCAUAAGGCGUUGAGCAGACGACGGGGCGGGGCGGGCAUUUUGUCCGCGAAGCAAUAAAGACCGCGUCUGCCCGUCGAUGUCUGCGGCUGCCCGUACCGCGUACACAAAGCACACGACGGGCAGAGGCGGUCAGUUCAGGACGUUCGUUCUAGUGAAUAGUCCAUCACUAAUAAGCGCGUGGCGCGGACUGAGCUAGCCGCCCCGCGCCGCCGUCUGCGUUACUGCAUAUAAACUGGUUUGUAUGAUCCACGGCGGGCAGCCGCGGACAUGCCGCGCCGCCAGUGCCCGCCGGGCACCCAAGGCGCGGUCUUUUUGCCCUCUGUGUGCGUUUGUAGUAUAGGAUUCACUUUGUGCUAUUAUUCGCGGCGAAAUUGAUCGGCCCGCCCCGCCCCGUCGUCUGCAAAGUGCCUUAAAGGAAAGAAAUAGAUUUGAAUUUGCGAGACCGUCUUCUUCGACUGUAUGUUCCAAUGUUUUUAAAAAUUCUAUAACGCAUGCUUUAAUGAAGACCGGAAAUAGUUUUAUAAAGACUAUUCCUAUAAAAUAUUAAUCUGCAAGCGCUUAGCCAUCCCAACAUUCCAGUUUCAACCUAAACUGAAAUAGCAAAGGUUGAGAAUGGAAUGACGGCAGAACUCAUGCGGUGUCGGCUGCUACUAACCAAAUCGUUAACUCCUCUGCGAAUCUUUCUUCUGCUAUUCUUAAAUACUUGGUAACGUUAGAUAUUAGAACAAAGGUAUCUUGGUCUAUUAAGGUUAAAUAGGCGAGAAUGUAUUAAGUUUAAUACUCACAUUGUCGGAUAUAGUUGCGUAGGAAUUAAUGAACAACAUGUGACGGCACGCACUGUAACGUACCUCAGGAAUCGUCCCAUGGUUUCGACUAUCAUAGGUUCCAUUUCACACACAUUUUAACAUCUAAAAUCAUCGAUAUUCAUCAGGGAGGCUCGGCCUUUUAUAGGUCCGGAACCAUUUAAAUUAAGACACGGUUCGAAUCGUACUAAAAAAAGUCAAAGUAGGUGGUCUGUGGAGGUUGAAUAUGCAGAGACAUAGUUGCAGAGAGUAUCCGUGUCAUGGGUAGCCAUGGCAACCGAUAAAAAACAUUAAAGUGUCACAAAUGUCAAGAAAAUAAAGAAAGUAAUUUAUGCCUAAAAUAUAUAAAAUCGGAGAAAUACAAUAAAAUUAAAUAAAUAACAGAAUAUAGAUAAUGCCGGUAAGUGUCCAGCACUCUGGAAUAGUGAUUUUCAGUGCAGAAGGAAUUAUUAUACAUAUUUACAAAAUGAUGAAUAGUGUGUGAUAUUUUUGAAAUUGUGUGUUUCCAAAAAUACGUAAUUAAAUAUAUGUUUAUGCCUGAUGAAUAUCGAUGAUGUUAGAUGAGAAAAUGUAUGAAAUGGAACCUAUGAAAGUCGAAACCAUGGGACGAUUCCUGAGGUACGUUACAGACAGCACAUAACCUUUUAUCGUUGCUAAAUAAAAUAAACAUGCUGUAAUACAUGCAGAAUUAAACAUGCUGCAUUAAGAAAAACAAAUUUUAACAUGUGAACAGCUAAUGAAAUUAGUCUUAACCGUAGACUAUAAUUUAUUUAUUUAUUUCUCUUGUUAUAAUGUCUAGGUUGAAAGCCUUUAUAUACCAGAAAAUUUUAGGUGUAAUGUAAUAUGUAGUAUAGAAUCAUCUUCACAUUUUUACAUGAAUAAAAGUUAAUAAAUAAGUAUGAAACGAUGCUGAUGUUUUGUGAACAAUUACUUUUGUGCAUACGUUUACAAGAACACAUUCAAAAAGCUCAAAAUUUUAUAUGAACAAUGUUUUACAAUAACAAUGCCAAAUGUAGAAUUUGAAAAAUAAACUAUGAACAUAAACUUGGUAUUU